AUGGCACCAAUCGACGUUGAAAAGACCAUUGAGGAGCUGACCCUGGGCGAGAAGGUGGCCCUCACAGCUGGACGUGAUUUCUGGCACACGACACCUAUUCCCCGCCUCAACAUUCCCUCACUGCGCAUGUCCGAUGGCCCCAAUGGCGUGCGUGGCACUCGCUUCUUCAAUGGCAUUCCCGCCGCCUGUUUCCCAUGCGCGACCGCCCUCGGUGCCACUUGGGACACUGAAUUGCUCGCCGAGGUUGGCUCAUUGAUGGGUGACGAGGCGAUAGCAAAGGGCACACACAUUAUCUUGGGUCCCACGAUCAACAUUCAGCGUUCGCCUCUUGGUGGACGUGGUUUCGAGUCCUUCUCCGAGGAUGGUGUGCUAUCCGGUACCCUGGCGGGUCAUAUGUGCAAGGGUAUGCAAGAUAAGGGCGUUGCUGCUACGCUAAAGCACUUUGUCUGCAAUGACCAGGAGCAUGAGCGUAUGGCUGUCAACAGUAUUGUGACGGAGCGUGCGCUGCGUGAGAUUUAUCUGCUUCCCUUCCAGCUGGCUAUGCGCAUUUGUCGGUCGGCCUGUAUUAUGACUGCAUAUAAUAAGGUUAACGGCACGCAUGUCAGUGAGAAUAAGCCUAUUAUUGAUGGUAUCCUUCGCAAGGAGUGGGGUUGGGAAGGCCUGAUUAUGAGUGAUUGGUUCGGCACUUACACCACAUCCGACGCGAUCAACGCCGGCCUUGAUAUUGAGAUGCCUGGAAAGACCCGCUGGCGAGGCGAGGCCCUUGCCCACGCCGUUUCGUCAAACAAGAUCCCCCAGUUCAAGCUCGACGAACGUGUGCGCAAUGUUCUGAACUUGGUUAACAGGGUUGACGCUGCGGGCAUCCCCGAAGGAGCGGAGGAGAAGUCUCUCAACCGCCCUGAAGAUCAAGCUUUGAUGCGCCGAGCAGCCGCCGAGUCGGUUGUUCUCUUGAAGAACGAGGGCAAUGCUCUCCCUCUGAAGAAGGACGGAUCUGUCCUUGUUAUUGGCCCCAAUGCUAAGAUUGCCUCAUACUGCGGUGGUGGCUCCGCUUCGCUGGCUCCGUAUUACACCGUGAGCCCAUUCGAUGGAGUCGCCGCCAAGAGCCAGGGUGAGGUCAAGUAUAUCCAAGGUGUUUACUCUCACAAGGAACUGCCCCUCUUGGGUCCUCUGUUGAAGACCGAGGAUGGCAAAACUGGUUUCACCUUCAAGGUGUACAACGAGCCCCAGAGCGCCGGUCAAGAUCGCGAGCUUGUCGAUGAACUCCACCUCGUCAGCUCUUUGGGCUUCCUGAUGGACUAUGUCAACCCCAAGAUCAAGUCCAUGACCUUCUACGUUGACAUGGAGGGCUACUUCACCCCCGAGGAGGAUGGCCUCUAUGACUUUGGCGUGACCGUCGUCGGAACUGGUCGUCUUCUCAUCGAUGGCGAGGUGGUUGUCGACAACACCAAGAACCAGAAGCAGGGAUCUGCCUUCUUCGGCACUGCUACCAUUGAAGAGCAAGGUACUAAGGAGCUCAAGGCUGGCCAGACGUACAAGGUUGUCUUCGAGUUUGGCAGCGCUCCCACAUCUGACCUGGACACCCGUGGCAUCGUCGCCUUUGGACCAGGUGGUUUCCGCUUCGGUGCUACCCGCCGCGUCAGCCAGGACGAACUCAUCUCGAAUGCUGUCGAACAAGCCAAGUCGGCCGAGCAGGUCAUCAUCUUCGCCGGUCUGACUAGCGAGUGGGAGACCGAGGGCUAUGACCGUGACACCAUGGAUCUGCCGCCCGGCAGCGACGACCUGAUCAGCCGCGUGCUCGAAGUCAACCCGAACGCCGUCGUGGUCAUCCAGUCCGGCACACCCGUCACCAUGCCCUGGGUCAACGAAGCUCGCGCCCUCGUGCAGGCCUGGUUCGGCGGUAACGAGUGCGGAAACGGCAUCGCCGAUGUUCUCUACGGAGACGUCAACCCAUCCGCCAAGCUGCCCAUCACCUUCCCCCGCCGCCUGCAAGACAACCCCUCUUACGUCAACUUCCGCUCCGAGCGCGGCCGUGUUCUCUACGGCGAGGACAUCUACGUCGGCUACCGCUUCUUCGAGAAGAGCGACGUGACGCCCGCAUUCCCCUUCGGCCACGGUCUGUCAUACACAACCUUUACUCGAUCAGAUCUCCAAAUCAGCACUGUACCAGAGGAAGCCAAAUAUACCGAGGCCGGAGAGCCCAUCACCGCCACCGUCACCGUCACCAACACUGGCUCGAUUGCCGGUGCCGAGAUUGUGCAGUUGUGGGUUGUCCCCCCCAAGACUGAUGUCAACCGUCCUCUGCGUGAGUUGAAGGCGUUCAAGAAGGUCUUCCUGCAGCCCGGUGAGUCUAAGACUGUUGAGCUUGUUGUGGAGAAGAAGAUUGCAACUAGCUGGUGGGAUGAGCAGCGGGAGCAGUGGAUUUCCGAGAAGGGUCGCUACAAGGUUUCGGUUACUGGUACUGGUGCGGAGGAGCUGCAGGGUGAAUUUGAGGUUGGCAACACCAGAUUCUGGCUGGGUCUAUAG